GUCGAAAAUUAUAAAAAUAACGAUCUAAAACUGGCUAACUAAUUAAUAAACCACAAAUUACAAAAACCGACAACGAAAGUCCAUGGCAAAUAAAGCAGAAACCUGCACGCACCGGCGGCCAUUGGUUUCGUUUUGUUUGCGUGCAUUCCAAGCGCAGGAACGUACACAUUCUCAAGGCCUUUAGCAGUUUUGAAUCGGUCGUGAUUUUUAGGUUCGUUCUCACAAAUUUACCACCAGCACACGUUCGUUUGUAUUACCGUUCGUUCAUACGAUCUGCCCGUUGUUGCACCGACUCGAGCCAUGAGCGUAACACCAACCCCCGAAGAGUCGAACGUCCCUGAAGAGUACGUCGUCGAAAAAAUCAUCGACAGUCGCAUAAACGAGCAGGGUGUGAAAGAGUACUAUUUGAAAUGGAUUGGGUACGAUGACAAGGACAACACAUGGGAGCCGGAGGAGAACCUGGACUGUCCCGGCUUGAUAGCGGCGUUCGAGACGGAGAGGGCGGCCCAGAAGGAGCGGGAGAAGAACAAGAGGAAAGCGGCCAACGAUCCGGUGCCCGCCAAAAAGAAGAGCAGUGACGAAAAGAAGUGUCUUGGAUUUGACAGGGGAUUAGCAGCUGAAAAAAUUAUAGGCGCCACCGACAGUCCUGGUCAAUUAAUGUUUUUGAUAAAGUGGUCUGGUACAGAUGAAGCAGAUUUAGUGCCAGCAAAACAAGCCAACAUAAAGUGCCCCCAGAUUGUGAUACAGUUUUAUGAGGAACGGUUAAAAUGGCACUCACCUAGCUUAGAAGAAAACAACAAGCCUGUAGAUUAGAACGUCGUACAUUGUUAAUUUUAUAAUUAAUAACCUUUUUAUAAAAUUGUAGGGACAUUAUUUUCCCCUUCAAAUAUUUGGAAAAUUUCUUUAAGUUUUUCUGAUUAGUUAUUGUAAAUAUAUUUUUUUUUUAAUUUUAUUUUUACAAAAAUCUUAUUUUAUAAACAAAAUCCUAAUGA